AUUUCUGUUAUAUGGAGGAAAGCCUAUUGCCUUAGUGAGAGAAAGGAAAUAUGAGAUAGAAGAGCACAUUUACAUGAACAGACUUCACUGGGACCAAACCACUGGACUCUUUGCACUCACAGGUCUGAAGAAGAACGACUCAGGAGUUUAUUAUGUCUCUAAAAAAGGAAGAACUUCCACCACAUCUUAUAAACUCUCAGUGUUUGACCCUGUCCCAUCUCCUGCAGUGGGAAAACUAAAUUUGAGCUCUGAGAGCUGCUCCCUGCUGUGUUCUGUGGACCCAGCUGAAGAGACCACACUGUCCUGGUACAAAGACGAGGAGAUCCUGAACCAGAGCAGCUCUGCUGUCUCUCUGCUUCUCUCUGUACACGAGCACGACUUCAGCUCUUCAUUCAGAUGUGUGGCUUCCAACCCUGCAGAGAACAAGACUCUUCCAGUCAAUGUGACCAUGUUCUGCAGAGAAAAGCAGAGCCAAGGAUCAGACAACCCAGACCAAAGACAUCAUUUGAUGCCCAUUAUAAUCUCUGUCAUCGUUGGUGUUGUUCUUGUUGGACUGGCUGCCUGGUUCAUCAGAUUCAAGUAUCCUCACAUAAAGAAGACAAUGAGUCAAACACAAGAUUGGGCGGACAUGAAGACAUACGUACAGUAUACCAACGUCAACGUAUGCAGACGCAGUCAGGGGGAGAAUUUCUCAGGUUCAUCUUGGACCAGUUGCUGUUAUCUGACAACAGUCUAUUAUAUGAACCCAAGGCUCCUUCAGGAACCUCUGAUGAGCAACUGAGUGAGUCCAUUAAUCUGAGCUGAUUAGAUUGAAACCAAGUGAUCAGUUGUUGGGUGUUAAAGUACCAGCUGUUAAAUAUCAGAUGUAAGGAGAGUGUUGGAGCUGAACGAGAGGAGAUUCUACAGUCGGCACCUGAAGCUCCUUCAAGAGUUUUUGACAUUGUUUUUUCUUACAAUCAACCUUUUUUAAAUGUAAGAGAAAACUAAUCUGCAGUGAUCACUACUUUACAUCAACACAUCAACAUACAACACUUUCUACAAGGUUCGCUUCUAUUUUUGUCUCUGUGCUGUGAAGUCAUUCCUUAUCAAAGUUAUAAAGUCACCAUUUUUAAAUCAAUCAUCGUGUUUACUUCCUGUUAAAAUACUAAUUGACUUACAGCUCUGUAAUAAAGUCCACAGAAUUGUGAUGUAAUGUGAAAUGUGUUCUCUACUUUAUGUGUGUGAACCACUCAAACAAACAGGAGCUGAAUAAUUAAAGACCAGUCACAUACAAUUG